CCCUCCGUCCCCUCCCACGGCGGCGGGCGGUCGAGGGGCAGUGGAGCUGCCCCGAGCCGAGCCGGGUGCAGCCGGGCAGCGCCCUCAGAGGCUCCCGUCAGGCGCGGGUGUGGCGUUCGCAGGCAUCUCGCCCUUCGGUCACCAGCCUUGUUCAAGUACCCGUGUUUUCACAUCAGAAUUGUUCAAGCUUCUGGCACGCCUGAACACUUCAUCUUGGUUUGCUGUUUUUCUACUGUGAUUAUAUCAUGGAAAAUCAACUGGCAAAGUCAGUUGAAGAACGGACAUUUCAGUACCAGGAUUCUCUCCCAUCAUUGCCUGUUCCUUCACUUGAGGAAUCAUUGAAAAAAUACCUUGAAUCAGUAAAGCCGUUUGCGAAUGAAGACGAAUAUAAGAAAACUGAAGAAAUAGUUCGAAAGUUUCAAAAUGGAGUUGGUGAGAAAUUGCAUCAGAAAUUACUUGAAAGGGCUAAAGGAAAAAGAAACUGGCUGGAAGAGUGGUGGCUCAAUGUCGCCUACCUGGAUGUGCGUAUACCAUCGCAGCUGAAUGUGAACUUCGUGGGCCCUUCUCCUCAUUUUGAACACUACUGGCCUGCAAAGGAAGGCACACAGUUAGAAAGAGGAAGUAUAAUUCUUUGGCAUAACUUGAACUACUGGCAGCUGCUAAGAAGAGAAAAAUUGCCUGCACAUAAGUCUGGGAAUACUCCUCUAGACAUGAACCAGUUCCGGAUGUUGUUUUCUACCUGCAAGGUUCCGGGAGUUGCUAGAGAUUCGAUUAUGAAUUAUUUUAGGACUGAGAGUGAAGGGCAUUGCCCAUGCCACAUUGCUGUGCUGUGUCGAGGCCGAGCUUUUGUCUUUGAUGUAUUGCAUGAAGGGACUCUGAUCACCCCACCAGAGCUUCUCAGACAACUGACGUAUAUCCACCAGAAAUGCUGUAGUGAACCUGUUGGGCCCAGUGUCGCAGCACUAACUAGUGAGGAGCGAACUCGAUGGGCAAAGGCAAGAGAAUAUCUGAUUGGUCUUGACUCAGAAAACUUGACUUUAUUAGAAAAAAUUCAAACCAGUUUAUUCGUGUAUUCCAUGGAAGACACUAGUCCAAAUGUAACCCCAGAAGACUUUUCUCAGGUCUUGGAAAUGCUUCUUGCUGGAGACCCAGCAGAGCGCUGGGGUGACAAGUCCUAUAAUUUGGUUUCCUUCGCUAAUGGAGUGUUUGGCUGUUGUUGCGAUCACGCUCCUUUUGAUGCGAUGGUCAUGGUGAACAUUGCCCACUAUGUUGACGAGAGGAUCUUGGAGAAUGAGGGAAGAUGGAAGGGUUCAGAAAAAGUCCGGGAUAUACCACUUCCAGAGGAGUUGGUUUUCACUGUGGAUGAGAAAAUACUAAACGACAUCUACCAAGCCAAAGCCCAGCACCUCAAAGCGGCGUCUGACCUGCAGGUUACAGGUUAUGCUUUCACGUCUUUCGGCAAAAGGCUCACCAAGAAGGAGGCACUGCACCCUGACACCUUUAUUCAGCUUGCGCUUCAGCUCGCCUAUUACAGGCUCCAUGGACGCCCUGGUUGCUGCUAUGAAACAGCUAUGACAAGAUACUUCUACCACGGCCGAACAGAGACUGUGCGCUCGUGUACAGUCGAGGCAGUCAGCUGGUGCCAGUCCAUGCAGGAUCCCUCUACCAGUCUUCUUGAACGGCAGCAAAAGAUGUUACAAGCUUUUGCCAAGCAUAAUAAGAUGAUGAAAGAUUGUUCAAAUGGAAAAGGGUUUGACCGUCACCUACUAGGUCUCUUGCUCAUAGCGAAAGAGGAAGGUCUCCCUGUCCCAGAGCUGUUUGAGGACCCACUUUUCUCCAGAAGUGGAGGAGGCGGGAAUUUCGUUCUCUCAACAAGUCUGGUUGGUUACAUGCGAAUCCAGGGAGUUGUGGUUCCCAUGGUACACAAUGGAUACGGAUUUUUCUACCAUAUCAGAGAUGACAGGUUUGUGGUGGCAUGUUCAGCCUGGAAGUCAUGUCCGGAGACUGAUUCAGAAAAGCUAGUUCAGAUGACUUUUAAUGCUUUCCAUGACAUGAUCCAGCUGAUGAAUACGUCUCAUCUUUAGAAACUCAGAGACAGACACAGAUCAACUCGGUACAGAGAGUAGCUGGAAUGGGAGAAAUGUUGACUUGAAGGAGAUUUGUUAACUGUGGUGGUAGUAGGGUCGUACUCGCUAGAUUUAUUCUACCUUAGAAUGUAGAAACAUCUUAAAGCUUCCUGUGUUGCAGCAGCAAUGCAAAGUCAGACAGUGAAUAUAGGACUAUGCAGUGUUUAACAUGAGCCUCUACAAUGCAAACCCUACUCUGAUUUUAAAAUAUCUUUGUUGACACAUGUAUAGACUGCAGUUGUCCCCUGUGAACGUAAUUGUAGACUACUUUCCAAGCACUUUAAUAUUUUCUAAUUGCCAGAGGUUAUAUGAAGCACAUGGCUAGAUGCUAAUGUCCAAGAAGUCAGUGCCUUCUAUACCCAACACAGGGAUACAAGUCUGUUAGGUUUCAUGGGAAAACCACUACAUUUCAAUAGUGAUCUAAAAUAGCUCUUUGAAUAGAUAAAAGUUUCAAGUAUAAUAGAAAUUUACAUUAACACAGGAAAAAAUCCUAGCAAAACCUAUAUGAUAUAUUGUAAUUCAUUUUGUAUUCACAAAAUGAAUGCACUUCCAUUUAAACCCAAUUGUUAGAGCUAGUGACUUUGAAAGGGUUAAAUGUUGAAUAUUCUCAGGACUUUACAGUUGUUCCCCAUUGCUGUUCAGUUUUGUGGUUUAUAAUUCUCAAAGAAUAAAGUAUCCAGAAUCCUA